AUGCGACUUCGUGGUGGGAAACCGUUGGGGCCGUUUCGUGACGAAGCAGACUUCAGCAAGCUCAUGAGGUGCUCUGACGACCCAGGUCGACAAGGUCAUGAAAUUGUGUUCACGAACGCAGAUCUGAACCCGAGAAACAUUCUAGUGGAUCAGUUCAAACGGCCUGACGGGACCAGAGGGUGGAUGGUCACUGGGAUAAUUGAUUGGGAAAUGGAAGGAUUCAAUCCGUACAACGAUUGGAUUCAUGGUCUGUGGGCAAGGUUUGGAGAUUAUAGCAAGGAGAUGGAUGUGGAGUUGAGAGCUUGGGCAUCUGGAGACGCAGUUUGA